AAGACGUAUGGAAGAAGUUUUGGUUCAAUAUUGCUCUACUUAAUUAGCUGCACGAUUGAGAUUAAAUAUUUGGAGAGUUUUCAUUUUCUAUUAUCUUUAAACUUAUUAGAUGGAUGAUUGUGCAAGUACAUCAGAGACUGGGCUAGAGCAUGAACAACAUAAUUGACUGACUUUGUAGUUCAUACAUGGCUAAUUAGGAUAAAAUUCCUUCUUCGCUUUAUACAAAUUGAAGCAACUUUUUUAUUACCCCAGAGACAUUACAUUUCAUUACAUAAAUGUAAAUGUAAAGGCAAGGAGUAUGACCAAGGAAAUUGAGCAAAUAAGCAAAAAAAAGAGGUUUGGACACUGAAGAAAUAAUUAAUUCACUGGUGUUUUAAACUGAUGAUUCAAAUUCAUAAAAACCAACUACUCAUGAAAGCAAAACUAAAGGUAAACUCGGUAAUACGAAGACAAGCUGUUAGCGUUCUAUUCGCUUAUACUAGAAAGACGAAACAAAAAUCUGAAUAAAAUUGAUAACAUGGACAAAGUUGUUUUUGAAUUUUGUCAAGUGAAAGAAAGACUUUUUUCAUAAAUAUUGAAUAAUUCGUCAGGAGGAUCGUUAUAACCGCUAAAAUACGGUAUACCAAAUUCCACAUCAUGAACUUCUUAUAUCAAUUUUUAACGGUACACAGAGUUUUUAAAGGGUUCUUCUGAUAUUUUUGGCACACUUUCUGGACUCUGUCGCACGGGAAGUGAUCUGAAUCUUCGAGAAGUGGAUGCGGAUACGAUUUCAUCCUUAUUGGAACUAAUUCUAGUUUCCAAUUAUAAUUGUGUGGUGUGUGAAAGGCCGCGAUCACACGGUACAGUACAACCAUAACAGCCGAAACCAGCCGAAAGUCGUUCAACAUCAUUAGCCAAUUUGUUCCAUAGUGUUUCGGCGUCCAACCCCGAAACACAGCCGAGAAUAAGGUUACGUCCGUAAAUUGCAGUGUCCUGUGUCUCUUUUGCCGUAUACUUUGCUUUAGUUCUACGUGCAGAGGUUCAUUCGGUGAACGUUAAUGGUGAAGAUAGAAUCAAGUACUAUCGGCUCACCUUUCGGGCUUGAGUGGUGUGUGUACUGCCCCUACGAGUCCAGAAUGUUGAAGCUAGUAGGAUCAACAUCUCUAUUAAAGAAAAGAGUCUGGAAGAUUGUACCCAAAGGUACACUACGCCUGAAAACCCCUGUAAGUUCAUCAACAAAGUGCACCAGGAACAAAUUCACCAACACAUUCUCAGUAACACUAUCAAUAAAACAUCGCACCGUCUUGUUAGCGCUGUUCCCGUAAAUAAAUCAGAGUUCAGCCUGUCCCGUCGACACAACUACCACAAACCAUAAUUUGAUGAUCGUUCGCUUUGUCCGAUAAGAACCUAUCAGUCUGUGUCAGUGGCUUGUAGACAGUACAUCGCAUAUUGUCAGUAAAAGUAGCAUUUUUUUCAGCUAGAAUGUCCCAAAAAGGACAACUGUUUCUUCUGCUAAGCUUGCUCAUCGCAUCCACCAGCGGAUUGUUCAUCAAUCCGUACGAAAAACUUUGGCCCCGCGAUGCAACAUCACGAUUUGCAUCUUCACCAAACAAAGGCAACAAUGGUGAGCCGCUGCUACUGACACCGUACAUCGAGCAGGGACGCAUCGCGGAAGGUCAAAAGGCGGCACGGGUCGAGCACAGCCGCAUCCGUGGGUUCGAAUCGUACGCCGGCUUUCUCACCGUGGACAAGCGCUUCAACUCCAACCUCUACUUCUGGUACUUCCCGGCGAAAGCGAACCGCACCACGGCACCACUCGUGCUCUGGCUGCAAGGCGGUCCGGGCGCUUCGUCCCUGUUCGGGCUGUUCGAGGAGAAUGGCCCAUUCCGUAUCACGGCCGACCUGCAGGCGGAAGAGCGACCGCACUCCUGGUACGAAAACCACCAUCUGCUGUACAUCGACAAUCCGGUCGGGACGGGCUUUAGCUUCACCGACAGUGAGGCCGGGUACGCCCGCAACCAGGUGCAGAUCGGCGAAGAGCUGUACUCGGCUGUGGUGCAGUUUUUGAAGCUCUUCCCCGACCUGCAAACCCGUCCGUUCUACAUUACCGGCGAAUCGUACGCGGGCAAGUAUGUUCCCGCGCUGGGCUACACGAUUCAUCAGAAAAAUAGCAACUCAUCGAACCCCUGGGUGAAACUGGCCGGUAUGGCGAUCGGCAACGGGUACAGCGAUCCGGUCAAUCAGCUCAACUACGGCGAGUACCUGUACCAGCUCGGACUGAUCGACGGCAAUGCGCUGGAACGGUUCGAGCAGGACGAGCAAGCGGUGGCGGCCUGCAUUGCCAAGGGCAACUAUCGCUGCGCGUUCGAGAUCAUGGACGAUCUGCUCGAUGGCGAUGCGAACGGCGGUGGUUCGUUUUUCCGUAACGUGAGCGGCUUCGAGACGUACUACAACUAUCUGCACACGGCCGAGGACCCGUCCGAUGCGGUGCCGCUGGUAGCGUUUCUAAAUCUCGACGAAACGAGGCGCGCUCUGCACGUCGGCGACCAGCCGUUUCACGAUCUGGACGAAGCGAACCUGGUCGAACGGUACCUGGAGCAGGACGUGUUCGAGAGCGUCGCGCCGUGGAUAGCGGAGCUGCUGCAGCACUAUCGCAUCAUGUUCUACAACGGCCAGCUCGACAUUAUCUGCGCGUACCCGAUGAUGGUCAACUAUCUGCAAAUGCUGCAGUUCGACGGGGCCAACUACUAUCGCGGCGUGGCGCGCGGCACGCUCGAGUUUGACGGGGAAAUUGCCGCCUACUUUAAGCUGGCGUUCGGGCUGGUGGAAGUGUUGGUGCGCGAUGCGGGCCACAUGGUGCCGCGCGAUCAACCGAAAUGGGCCCACCGGCUGAUAACGGCGUUCACCCAUCCGGGCUCGGUGGUUGGGUUCGUUUAGCGAGAGAUCGUUUCGCUGUACGCCUUUCCUCAUUAACUGCUGGAGCAAUCUGUUGCCCAUUCAAUUAAAUCGUUUACAAACAAAAACAUGAUGUCGGGGGCCGCACGUUCUUACCGUCCGGUUUGAAGCGUCCAAUAUCACCGCACCGUUCCCGAUAGCUGAGCACCUGACACUUUUGCCAAGGACCGAAAUAGCCACGAUCCUCUGCAGAAAGGCGAGAAGAAAAAAAAGCAAAAAUAAUAAAGCAUUAGUACCGUA